AUGAGAGCCCUUUCGGCUUUCGGGGUUGCCUCUGCCCUCGUUUCUCGCAGCUAUGCUGCUUCCAACUCGUCUACUAACUCGGCGUCCAUUCUCUCGUCCGGAAAAGUUCAGCUUGGCGAUUUCGAAUCAGCGUACCAGAAAGCCAAAGCCUUUGUUUCCGGCCUCAGCAACGCGGACAAGAUUUCCAUCAUCACCGGCGGCGAUGUCUCCGGCUCCAACCUCACGUGGACCGCCUUGGAGAACAAGGACGGCAGCAGCGGAAUCAACUACCAGUACUACGUCUCCGGAUUCAGCAUGGACAAUGCCCUGGCCAUGACCUGGGACAGGGAUUAUUUUGAGAAGCAGAACAAGGCUGUCGGCCGCGAGUUCUAUCUCAUGGGCUACAACCUGAUCAACGGCCCGGAAUGUGGUCCUCUUGGGCGUACUCCCUGGGGCGGCCGCCAGGCGGAGGCUUACAGCCCUGACCCAUACCUGUCCGGUUCUGUCAUGUCCAAGGCCAUUGCUGGAAUGAACUCGGCUGGCGUCGUCGCCGGCGGUAGGCACUUCCUGCUCAACGAGCAGGAGACGAACCGCUCGUCCAGCAUCUCAUCUACGACGACGGCCGUCUACACGUCCAACGCCGACGACAAGACGAUCCACGAGCUGUAUCUCUGGCCUUUCCAGGAGGGAGUCAAGGCCGGAAUGGCGGCCGUCAUGUGCGCCAUGUCUCGCGUCAAUGGCACUCUAUCUUGCGAGAAUAGCGAUCUGGUCAGCGGCCUCCUGAAGUCCGAACUAGGCUUUCCCGGAAUGGUGUUCCCGGAUGUCAACUCGCAAUCGAGCUCCUACGGCUCUGCAAACGCUGGUCUUGACUACGGCUCGAGCUCGUACUGGACUUCGGAUAUCCUGGAGGCCGGAAUCACCAACGGUUCCUUCACGCAGGCCCGUCUCGACGACAUGGCGGUCCGCAACAUCAUCGGCUACUACUACGUCGGCCUCGACGACGGCAAGCAGCCCGAGGUCGCCGCCACGACCGAGUACCGCGACGUCCGCGCCGGCCACGCCGCCCUCAUCCGCGAGAUCGGCGCGAACUCGCUCGUCCUGCUCAAGAACAACAACACGGCGGCCAACCAGGGUCUUCCUCUGAACCGGCCGCGCACCAUGAGCGUCUUUGGUGCCCAUGCUGGCCCUGCUAUGGCCGGUCCGAACCAAGCGUUUAGCGUGCAGGGCACUGAUGGCCCCGUCUACCAGGGCCAUCUUGCCUCUGGCAGCGGCUCUGGCCAGCUAUCGUUCUCUUAUCUCAUCACACCCUUCCAAAGUCUUAGUACGCGUGCCGCGGCUGAUGGCAGCAUGAUCCGCUGGAUUUUGAAUGACACCUACUCCUCCUCGAGUAGUGAGGGAGGAAUGGGCGGAGGGGGAAGCUUUGGCGGCAGCGAUGGUGGACUUCCUACUAUGAGCGGUAACUCCAGUAGCAACGGAACUGCGCCUGGCGGCGGAAUGGGCAAUGGUGGUGGCGGUGGUGGCGGCGGCGGCAUCUCGAUCUCUGGCCAGGGCACGGCAGUGACGCCCAGCUACGAAAACUACGCCGAGGACUCGGAGGUCUGCCUCGUCUUCUUGAACUCCUUCGCCGGUGAGGGUGGCGACCGCGAGGAGCUGAACAAUGCCGAUCAGGACACGCUCGUCACUACUAUCGCAUCGAGCUGCAACAACACCGUCGUCAUCAUUAACACCGUCGGGCCACGGCUGGUCGACGCCUGGAUCGAGAACGAGAAUGUGACGGCGGUCGUGUACGGCGGUCUGCUCGGCCAGGAGUCGGGUAAUGCCAUUGCUGACGUGCUGUACGGCGACGUCAAUCCGUCAGGCAAGCUGAUCAACACCAUCGCCAAGGACCAGUCCGACUAUCCCGUAUCCAUCUGUUACACCGAGGUCUGUGACUUCAGCGAGGGCGUUUACAUCGACUACCGUCACUUUGACAAGUUCAACGUGACCCCUCGCUACCCCUUUGGCCACGGCCUGUCCUACACUACCUUCUCUUUCGGCGACGUCGGUGCGCAGAAGACGGACGAGAAGGCUCUCUCGUCGACGUACCCGACCGGCCCGCUCGCCGUCGGCGGCAAGACGGACCUCUUCGACGAGGUCAUCCGCGUGACGACGACCGUCGAGAACACCGGUGAUCGCGACGGUGCUGAGGUCGCCCAGCUGUACGUCGCCUACCCUUCGUCGGCGCCGGACCAGCCACCCCGCCAGCUGCGCGGCUUCGAAAAGGUCAAGCUGGCCAAGGGCGAGCGUAAGGACGUUACCUUCAGCGUCAGGCGGAAGGAUAUUUCCUACUGGGACACCACCGCCCAGGAGUGGGCAGUCGCCAAAGGAAGGUACACUUUCUCCGUUGGUGCUAGCUCCAGGGACCUCAAGGGCGAGGCGACGGUUACCAUCUGA